GUUAAGGGCUCGGUUCUCAUUUCCGCCGAAAUUGGGGGGUUUCAAGUCAGAAAGUUUGCUCCUUUCUUUCUGGGGGUCGUUUGGAUUGAGAAUUUAAUUAAUUAGAGAUUUGGUCCACAAUCACUCAAUUAAAAACCUGGUAUUUUAAACCCAGAAUUUGGGUUAAAUAUAUUGUUUGUUUAGGAAUGAGAGAUUUAUUAGGCAGGAUAUUUAAUUAUGAAAGCAAAUGUAAAAGUACCUUUAUACCCCACGUACAGGUUCUCUAUUUUGAACAAGUCAGGCUGAGGAAUGCGCUGUGCUGCUCUUACGGCGGCGGCGGGGAUCACGAACCGGAUCACGUGAGGCCGACGCAGCAGUCCUGGAGGGCGAACAGCGGGGCGUUCAGUGCAGCGAUGUCGCCCCGAGACAACUACGCGUCGCUGAGGAGGGAGAAUCGGGAGCUGAAGCUGGAGCUGGCGCGGAUGCGGAUGAGGCUGAACGACCUGGAGAAGGAUCAUGUGUGCAUGAAGAGGGAUAUGCACAGGUCUGGUUCCCGAAAGUUCAUGAAUUCGUUCUCUAAAAAACUAGGCAAGCUUGGUUUCUUUGGGAAUGGCUUCGCCUUCCAAGCAGUCUCAGAGGACGGAUUCUAGGGCGAUGGACAGAACUUGUGCCAGUACGGUCGAGACUGCAGGAUGCUGGGAGUUCAGAGGAACACAAAAAGAAAAGCUGAAGAUCCAACCAAAAGCAAGCUUGGUCUGCUAGAAAGAAACCAACUGGCUCAGAACUACUGAACGUCCACUCCCACGUCCACUGCAAGACCAUUCUGAUCUGGGUUUCACCAGUUGCAGCCUUUGUUUUACUACCAAACAUGAUAUAUGUCCUUAGCAUAUUUAACAGAAUCAUAACCCUGCAACAUAUAAAAACAUAAUCUUGCAUACAUAAUCUUGUUCAGCAACAUAUAAAAACAUAAUCUUGCAUACAUAAUCUUGUUCAACAUAACAUAAGUAAACCGACAUUCAAAAC